GAUUGGUCAAUACAGCACCUGGUACUGUUACUUGCUUAGUAACAACCAUCUUGCUCACGCGACAACCCUUGCUUUAUGACUGCAGUGUCAGUAAAUAAAAUAUCUAAUAACAACCCCUUGUCAUAUAUUCUAGGUCUGAAAAAAAGCUCCUGGCUGCUAGCCGCACACAUCAAGUUAUCACACCUUGGAUCCAAAGCAUCCUAAACCACCUCUACUGGGUGGCUGCCAUGGGCCAAGGUGAUGGUGAGCUUGUCAUCAGCAUGUGGAGAAGCCUGCUCAACCACGUGUGCAACAAACACGAUGGCCAUGAUGGGCCCUACAAAAAAUGCCUCCAUGACUCCCUUGACGACAGGGAAUGGUUGAGACCAGCAUCACCUGCAUUUCUUCGUCUCAAAACCAUUGUCGACAAUGCGAGACUACUGAAGGAUAUCCGCCGGCUCUCUCCUGAGGUGCAAACGUUUUCAUUGGAGUCCUUCCACAGCGUGCUGAAUCGGUUUGCUCCAAAGUCCAAUGCCUUCUCAGUGGACGGAAUGCAAGAGAGAACGAGGCUCGCUGUGCUGCACUUCAACGAGAAUGCUGCACGGCACCAAGCACUCACUCAGGAUGGAGAGCAGCGGUGGAAGAUUAAAUCUUCCAAGGCAAGGCGAGGCCACUUCACUGUGACUACAGUGAAAGAGGACCCAAGCUACGGAUACGUUGAUGACCUCAUGCAAGAUGUGGUCGAGCGCUGCGAACAUUCUUCAUAUAAGGAGAGCUUUCUGAGCUGUGAAAAGUCUCCACCGUGCUACAUGUCACUUGGUUUUGAAAGACCAUCAAAGCAGGAGCUCAUCGCACAAAGGCGCACUCGCUUCCCAGUGGCAUCAACAUUAAGCAAUAGCAGCUAGACAGCCACCACAGUUUGUGUGAACUGGGCUAAUGCACUCAGACAGCCAUAAAGAACUUGGCGUGUCAAGAGAGCUUUGGAGACCACAUGACAGUACAAUUCAAGUGUACACACACAUCCGCAAUGCAGUCACAAUGAUUUAUUUGAACCACACCAACGCCUCCGUGGUCAAGUAUGCGCUGGUCUGUUGAGAGUACACACAUGAAGAGAACCACUUGGCUAAACGAAGUCAGGUAGCCACCUUUCCUUGGGACAGCAUGAAAGACUUGGCAUUUCAAGGGAGCUUUGCAGACCACUGCAUUGGCUGUGCGCCAUAUUUAGGCCAGCAACGCUGCCUGGCGGGCACCACAUGGCCUGAUGCUAUAUUGCUGCGACCCCCACUGCAUUGAGCCAUGAUAGUGAUGACAAAGACGAUCAGAUGCCAGCAACGUCGCACAUACUUUCCG